UUAGUGGUCAGCUGAGAAGCUGCAAAGGAGAUGAGAGAGGUUCAGAUAGACAGUCAACACGAGAUGGUUGUGAUGUCCUGACACUGAUGCGCUCGCAGGAGUAAAGGUGCUUACUCUAAGUACUGUUAUGCGUGAGUGUGCGUGUGUGCGUGUGUGCGUGUGCGGGUAUCUGCGUGAGGACGCUCCGGAGCGUCUGCGCACUGCAGACUGGGCCGCACACGGAGACCUCCUCAAACCUGCCCUCUUCAUACGCGCUUCCCUGCAGCAUCACACCGAUAGUUUGAGCGGCACUCGCUAGAUCAGCAGACAUUGUGAUGAUGAAUCCGAGCAUGCUCACCCUUCCUUUACACAACUAAAACGCCAUGCUAUGUCUAGAGCGUGGGGUGGUGGAGGAAUGGCUCUCAGAAUUCAAGACAUUACCUGAUGAUCUGAUCCCUGGCUAUACUUGCUGCCUCCGCCUGAAGAAAGGUCUUGUGCCUGCGCUAUAUGCUGUAAUACAGGAGCAACCUAGCAGUGAGCUUUUGGCUCCAGUGUGUCACCAGCUGUUUGAACUGUACCGGAGCACAGAGGUGGGACUACGCCGCUUCACAUUGCAGUUUCUUCCAGAGCUGAUCUGGGUGUACCUGCACCACGCUGCCAGCAGGGAGCGUCACCGCAACGGCUGUGUAGAGGCUCUGUUGCUGGGAAUUUAUAACCUGGAGAUUGUGGACAGUAAAGGAAACAGCAAGCUUUUGUCCUUCACCAUACCCUCUCUCUCUAAACCAUCCAUAUACCAUGAGCCUUCCAGUCUGGGCUCCAUGGCUCUGACAGAGGGAGCUCUUAGCCAGCAUGACCUGAUCAGAGUGGUCUACAGUGGCCUACUGCCCCAGAGAGAGACCUUUACAUCUCAAAACAGGUUUGAGGUGCUGUCUUUCCUCAUGCUCUGCUACAACUCAGCUGUGGUCUACAUGCCAGCAUCGUCCUAUCAAUCAGUCUGCAGAAUGAGCUCGCGAUUGUGUGUAUGUGGCUACCCACGUCAGCAGCAGAAGUUGUGGAGAGAAUCGUGCAACCGUGUGCGUCUGGAUCCGGAGUUAAUGGUGCAGAUGCUGACUGCAGUUUAUCAUGCCAUCUACAACGGCCAAUGGGAACUCGGAAGAGAAGCUUUGGAGGACAUCUUGUAUAGAGCACAACUAGAGCUAUAUGCCAAGCCUUUACUAAUAGCAAAUGCGAUGAGAUGUUCCCUGCCACCUCGACCACCGGAGGGCACACGGAAUCUUCUGGAGGUUGAAGCCACACCCACAAACAAAUGCGUCUCAUUGACGGCCAUCACUGCUGCGUCCAUCCGCAGGCUCCGCUGGAAACGAGAAGGCUGUUUUGAUUUUUUGACCUCGGUGGACUUCUAUUCCUCUAUUGCACCAAGUCAGUUCUCUCCACUGAAAACAACACCCAGCCUGGUGCCCGGUGGGUGGAUCAGGAACACCAUCCGCAGAACAUUGAGAGGGGAAGCUGAUGGUAUGAGCUGCGGUGAGGAUUCAUUUGACCCAGAUGAGGGCUUUUCUUCCGGGGCGUCCAGCAGUAGCCAGCCCAGCAGUAUGAAGAGGGACCGGGUGGCCGGAGUGCGCCUGUCCCGGGACCCAGCAGUGUGGCAGAGAGAGAGCACAUCUGCUGAAACCAGAGCUGCUUUAUGUAGGCGUCACCGACACCACCACUCGCCUCCUCCAGCCAUCACACUCUGCACUGCAGAGAACAGCAGAAGUCCCAGUCCCAGCAUGGCUAGAAGGUUCCUAGACCCCCAUUACCUGCCCCCAUUCACUGGUCCUUCAGCCAGAACUGCUAGCACAUCUUCCAGUAAAUCCCUGGACUGCACUGGCUUCAAUGGCUCAUCUGGGCCCACAGAUAGCAUGUCAUUUGGGAGCCUGAGUGCAGAUAGGGCUCACUGUUUGUCAGCUAUCAGCCUACAGGAUAUGCAAAGAAGACAGGCAUCAAGAAGCCAGGAUCUGCUCUCGUCUGGAAGUCCAUUUUCUUCUGCAAGCCCUCUGUCCAAACAGUCUCGCUCAUCCAGUUUUAAUAUGCAGAUUAUAUCACAAGUGUAGACAAAUCUGUGUGUCAAUGUGUCUUUUUGUGAGGAUGUGGGUCUGAGUGUUGUUGACUGAAAUACCGUGCAUGUGUCUGAGCAUGUCUUUGUAUGUGUUAAAUGGUUCUACCCUGAUCUAUGAACGUAUGUAUGUAUGAGAGAGAAAGUGUGUGUGUAUGUGUGUGUGUGUGUGUGCACAAGAGAGAAAGAUGCAAGGUGCAUGUAUGUGUACAUAUAGCAAAUAACUUACAAUUACACCAUUAUGCACUGGCAGUUUUUCCUGAAGAAAUAAGGUUUUGCACUGUACUUCCCCAUGUGGUUAUCAUACAAUGUGCCAUAACACAUACAGUAUGAAGAGGAAUUCCACUUCCAAAUCCUGCUGUAUCUUAACAAUAGUCUCAAGAACUGACAAUCACAUGAACUGAAUGAUGAGUGGCCUGACAAUGCAUGAUCCAAAGAAUCAAAUGUGUGAGACUCCAGGAGGUAUAAAAGAAGCUCCUUGAAUUUAAUUGCUGUAAAUGUUAUGGACUGAGCCUGCUUGUGUUUGUCCUACUGAUCCUACCAGCUGAAAUGGGUGGAGAAACGUGCAAUCCGUUGAAAAGCCACAUCAUGUAAUGAACGAUAUAGAUUAUAUUCUUUGAAUCAAGUUUAUAUCUCAAACUAAAUGUGUACAUUUAUGUAAAUGAAUAUAUAUUGUAUGAUAGGAAGAGUUAUAUGCUGUGACAAUAUCUCUAUAUUGCUUGUACAGAGUUGAAGAUUUAUCUGUUCACUGGUGAAUAAAUACAUUGUGAUGAUGAA